AUGGGUAUAUAUAACCAUGAAACUAUGGUAUUCUUUAAAAAAGAAAAUAUUGAGUUAUUUACCAAAACAUAACUUAACUUUUAUUAAAUUAAGGCACUGAAGAGAGUGUUGUUGCAUUUUCAAAAUUAUUGAAUUUGAAACACUGCUGUUACAUAGCAAUAGAUACCUGGGAUAAUUUUACUGAAGAAAAUUUACGAAAUGCUUGGGAGAAAUUGUGGGUUGCUUCUAUGGAAUUAGAAGCCGAAGAAGAAACUGAUCUAAAUAAUCUUAACGAUUUUGUUGAUUUGUUUAAUGAUAUUCCAGGAUUUAAUGACUGA